CGGGGCGGGGGCGCAGUCCCGGGUCCGACCGGCCGAACCCCGCGAGCCCCGCCCGCGCCCUGCACCUCCGCCCGGCCGGCCGGCGGGGGAGGGGGCAUGAGCCGGCGCCCGCGCGCCGCCCGGAGCUGCGGGCCGGCCUAGAGCCCCGCGCGGGCCCUGUGCCCGAGCCACAGCUGCCGCUGAGCUGCGGGCGCCGCGAUGCAGCGGCCGGGGGAGCCGGGCGCUGGGCGCUUCGGGCCGCCCGAGGGCUGCGUCGACCACAGGCCGCACCGCUACCGCAGCUUCAUGAUCGAGGAGAUCCUCACUGAGCCGCCAGGGCCCAAGGGCGCCGCGCCCGCUGCCGCUGCCGCCGCCGCCGCGGGCGAGCUGCUCAAGUUCGGCGUGCAGGCGCUGCUGGCCGCGCGGCCCUUCCACAGCCACCUGGCCGUGUUGAAGGCCGAGCAGGCGGCGGUGUUUAAAUUCCCGCUGGCGCCUCUCGGCUGUUCCGGGCUGGGCUCCGCGCUGCUGGCCGCCGGGCCCGGGCUGCCCAGCGUGGCGGGCUCGCCGCACCUGCCCCUGGAGCUGCAGCUCCGCGGGAAGCUGGAGGCCCCGGGCAGCGGGGAGCCGGGCACCAAAGCCAAGAAGGGGCGGAGGAGCCGCACGGUGUUCACCGAGCUGCAGUUGAUGGGCCUGGAGAAACGCUUCGAGAAGCAGAAGUACCUCUCCACACCCGACAGAAUAGAUCUCGCCGAGUCCCUGGGCCUGAGUCAGUUGCAGGUGAAGACUUGGUACCAGAAUCGGAGGAUGAAGUGGAAGAAAAUAGUGCUGCAGGGCGGCGGCCUGGAGUCCCCCACCAAGCCCAAGGGGAGGCCCAAGAAGAACUCCAUCCCCACCAGCGAGCAGCUGAGCGAGCAGGAGCGCGCCAAGGAAGCGGAGAAGCCGGAGAAGCCGGCGGAGGCGCCGGGCGAGGCCAGCGACAAGGGCCGCGAGGACUGAGCGUGCGGUCCGGGGACCCUGGCGCCACUGCGGCCCCUGCGCCCGCGAGAAGCCGCCUCCACGCUGUGUGCUUUCCAAACGGCGAUGAUGACCUUGGAUGCGGGCAGCGAGGGGCCCACCAGGAAGGACACAGAACCCGAAGCCAAACCCGGGCCCCGGCGCGCCCCGGGCCUCCCCUGGAGACUCACCGCGGCAGAGUCGCCUCCGCGCAGAGCUCCGCGCGCCGGGCGCUCCACGCGCACUCACGCCCCGCUCCCCACCGCACCCACCCGCCUCGGGCGCCCUCGGCCCGGACGCCGCAGGCACACGCCGGUUUCCGCGCGGCAGGGACGGCGAGACCCCGCGCGGACAGCCCGGCGGCUCGGCCUGAGGCCGGUCCCUGACGUGCGGGGCCCCUACCCCUCUCUUGCGAAAACGGUGAUUUUUUUUCCAAUAAAAUAUUUUAUGACACAG